AUGUUAAGCGGUGUUUCGGCACAUGAAACUCUGCUGGAUUGUUUAUUCCCCGGGGACGAUGGCUCCGAGUGCCCAAAUCCAAUUGGUGCCGCAAAAUUGCGCCAGUUAAAGAUUGGCAUAGACUCAUUCGCCAGUAAGUACGGCCGCCCAUACAGAUUCGUGCAGGCCAUUACUGGAUCUGGAUCUUUGUCGUCUAGUGGCUACUCACCUACAGAAGCGGAAACGAGUGGUGUGCAAUUGGCCGAUGUGCUGCAUAGUGUGAUAAAAGCUAUCCGGAGCAGAGUAUCGGCCAGAAUCAAGCUCGUGCGUGAAUUGGUGGCACUGGAGUCAACUCCAAUGGACGAGUUGCUCAUAUGUGAUGUACCAUUGAAAUUAAUGACACGUGUUACCUCGUUUAAGAUGAUUGACGAAGAGACGUUUAUGGUUAGUUGGACUUCGAUUAUGUGACA